AUUACGAAGUAUUCCCAUAAAAUCAAGCAUUUAAAUAUAAAUGGUAAAUGAGGAAUCUGAAUCAAGCGUAAGCGCAAAUGAAGACGAAAUUAAUAUGUUUGAAGAUACGAAAUGCUUAUUAUGUGAUACAAACUUUUCAAAUCCUUAUAAUUUAUACAAUCAUUGUCAUAGUCAUCAUCAAUUUGAUAUUAUUAGCAUUAUUAAAAAAUAUAACCUCGAUACAUUUGGUUAUAUAAAGCUAAUAAAUUUUCUACGUGAAAUAAUUCCAAAAGAUACAAAUGAUGCUUAUAAUUAUAUUACAAAUAAAUCAUGGGACUUUGAGAAAUAUAUGACUCCUACAAUAAAGGACGAUUCACUUUUAAUGCUAGAUAUUGAAGACAUUAUAGAUAUGAAAUAUUCACCUUCCAGUGUAUCUGAUGUUAAUAAUGUAGCACUCAUUUUAAAUGGUGACUUAGAAAAGGAUAGAGGCCAUAAACGGUUUAAAGAAAAUAAUGAUAAAGACAAAUCUAAUGUGAAAAAUGAGGAAAUACUUGGAUUAAAGUCCAAAAUUGAAUUUUUGGAAGGAACUUUAAAAGAGAUGCAUAUAACUACAAAUAUUCUUAAAGAUAGAUUAAAAGAAAUUAUUUGCACAAAUGGUCAAAAUGAUGGUACAUCAACACCUAACAAGACUGAUAUUCCUCCUUGCAAUGAAAAAUUAUAUUUUGACUCUUAUUCUUAUAUAGAAAUUCAUGAAGAAAUGUUAAAGGAUAGAAUUAGAACUGAAAGCUACAAAAAUGCCAUAUUUUCCAAAUAUAAACCUUUAAUCAAUGAUGACAAUAGCAUACCUCAAAAUGUAUUUCAGGACAAAAUAGUUUUAGAUAUAGGUUGUGGAAGUGGAAUAUUAUCUUUGUUUGCAGCCCAAGCGAAUGCCCACAAAGUUAUAGCUGUGGAUCAAUCUGAUAUUAUCUAUGAAGCUAUGGAUAUUGCCAAGGAAAAUGGGUUUGAGGAGAAGAUAACAUUUAUAAAAGGCAAGAUCGAAGACAUCAUUCUACCAGUUGAGGAAGUGGAUAUAAUAGUAUCUGAAUGGAUGGGGUAUUUCCUUCUUUCCGAAUCUAUGAUAUCGAGCGUCAUUUAUGCUAGAGAUAAAUACCUCAAGAAAGAUACGGGAAUAAUGUUACCCUCCAAACUCAAUUUAUAUUUUCAACCCUUGACGGACAUCACGAGUUGGGAUAAUAAAUUCACCUUUUGGGACGAUGUGUACGGUUUUAAAAUGAGCUGUUUAAAGAAAAUAAAGAGACGCGAAAUCGAUUUAGAGGUAUUCAAUAGCGCCGACGAAAAAGCCAAACUUUUAGCCGAGCCCACGAUUGUUAAAACUUUCGAUAUGUUAACAGCGACCACGGACAUAGAGAUAAAAGAUUUUCCGUUCGCAUUUGCUUUAAAUGAAUCGAUUGUCGAAAAUAUGGUGACCUCGUUUAUGCUUUACUUCGACGCUCAAUUUUAUCCCGAUAACUAUGGAAUUUUAGAACCGGUUUAUUUUAGUACCGGACCUUUGCAUCCGCCUACUCAUUGGAAACAAACUUUAUUGCACUUACCAGAAAAAUACGAUCUUAAAGAUGCGGAUAAAAUAGAAGGCAAAUUAAGCUUGACUCAAAUACCACACAAUAAUAGAACAUGGUGCAUUGAAAUUGAUUUGGGACCUAACGAACAUUAUAUUUUUGAUCUAUCUUAAAAACAAUUAUUGUUGAAUUAAAGCAUUUUAUUAUGCCUA